AGCUGAGAGAGGGGCGGAAGCCACGCACGCAACGCGUAAGUGUGCUCACGAAUCCUGUCGUGAAUCGAUCGUGUGCGAGCUUCACUCUCGCGGCCCAAGUGAAGCAUUUUACAAUAGUGCGUAAUAACUUGGAUAAAAAGAAGGUUUUAUCGACGAGAGCGGAGAAACGAAUAUCAAGAUGAGCAAGCGAUUAGAGACUGUGGCCACGAUGACCUGCAUGAAGACUUUGUUGAUGCUUUUUAAUUUCAUUUUCUGGGCUUCCGGAGUGUUGAUGCUAUGUAUCGGCAUAUGGAUGCGCAUCCAGCUGCGGGAUUACAUGAACAUGAGCGUGCAGGGCAGUGGAACGGCCCUAUUAGCGCUCGCGAGCUUAGGUGCGGUGUUAGCGGUAGCGGCGGUUCUCGCCUGUUGCUGUACCGCACGAGGUCAUCCCGCUCUUCUAUACUUGUAUGGCGCGUUCCUAGCUGUUGUCGCAUUAUUGGAACUUGGCGCGGGUGCAUCGAUUUAUGCUUAUCGUACAAACUUGAAUGAAGUAUUCGAUCAAAGCUUAAACCAGAGUAUGGAAGCCUAUGGACGGGAUGAUUCCAUGACCAAUCGCAUUGAUAGCAUGCAAUCGACCUUGCAUUGCUGCGGUAAUCGUGGAUACGCCGAUUGGUACAACAUAAAUCCACCGAAGGAAAUUCCCCUAUCCUGCUGCAAGGUGCCCGAGGAUAAGUGCGAACCGAACUCCGUAGAACAAAUUUAUACUGAUGGAUGCUACAGUCGCGUAUUGGAUUUCAUAAACAGUAACAUCGGUUUGGUAGCUGGUACCGCGAUCGGUGUAGCCUUCUUCCCGUUGGUGGGCAUCUUCCUGGCGUGCUGUUUAGCCAGCAACAUCAACAAGGCAGAAUACGAGCAGGUCGCUUAGGCACGGCAUUUGCGCAAGCAGCAACGAUGGUUCUAUCAGGAAACGAAAAAACUCGCAUCGCUAGCAACAACAGCGAACGUACACGAUUUCAAUACGAGAGCAUGAAAAUGAUUUUAAUUGAGUUUUUCUCACUUCGAGAUUUUAAUCGAAGACUUUGCUGCAAAACUUAAAUAAAGGUCUACAGUGUAAGGUACGCAUUUUUAAAUAUGAAAUCGUGUCUGAAAAAAAUUGAUUUUACAUAAUAAA